CCACACAGCAAACAACAACACACAGCUUGCCACUUGGUGUUUGUGUUGUAAAUGGUACUUUACAACGCGUAGCAUUUACUGUUGCUUCAUUCAUACCCACCUCCUCUUUCCCUCCUCCCUCAAACCAUUCUAAAUUCAUUCCAAGCUGCUCUAAAUUCACUCAGAUGUCGCUCCUAGAACGCCUGAACGUCCCAAUAGGCAACGGAGUCGGAGCCCCUUCCAUAGGCCCCGUCCGCACAAAAUCAGGCAGUCGCUCAUCGCCCUACACCCGACCCAACCGCCCACCCAAAGGCGAUUCAGACGCCCAAUGGUCCCACGACCUCUACGAAGACCCAGAAAAACCCUCGUUGUCGUCAAGACUCACAUUAACACCCGCUCAGCCUCGUAAACCCGAUUCGCGUCUUGCGCAGCGCGCGCUUAGGGAUGCCACAGGGGAUGGCAAAGGACUGGGAUUGAGUAUCAAAGGCGCUAGUUCGGCGCCGUUGGGGAAUGUGGUGGAGGUGAAGGGGCUUGUUAGAGGGACUAGUGCUGCUGAUGUCGAGGCCAUAUUCAAACGCUGUGGUACAAUAGUCUCCUCCGAAACAGCAUCCGCCAAAGCCUCAGAGAACGUUAUCGUUCGUCUCACUUUCAAAACAGUCGCGAUGGCAGACGCUGCUGUGGCCAAAUUUAACGGGCAGCCUGCAGACGGGAAGAUUCUGCAAGUGAGCAUCGUGGGCACGAAAGCGGUGGGUUUGUCGGGACGGCUUGCUGGGGUGGAUGUUGUGGAUGAUAGUGUGGAUGUGCUUAUGGAGGGUGGGGAUGAAAGCGCUUCAAAAAUGCGGUCGGAUUCAAUCAUUGCUUCGGAUCCUCGAGCGAGUGUCUUGGUUGCGCCGCCGGGUGCGGACCCAAAGCAAUACAGCCAGCAUUCAAAUUCUCGUGCGGAUACGCAGAAGUGGCAACGCGGUGGCAGAGGCCGUGGUCGAGGUCGUGGGAGGAGAGCUGGUGGUGGUGGUGGAGCCCCAGGGAUGGACAUUGACGACUAAGGGACAGAAUCUUGUUGGGUAUGAUAUGGAUCAAAGAGUCAUGCGCGAUUCGCGACAUGUACCUGCAUCAUCUUGCGUUGCACAUUAUCUUAGCAUAUGUAUUUUCCCUUGUGCCGAUUACACAUCUCAUCUCAAUCAGUAUUUAAAUGGUAGCG